UAACAUUUUCUUAGAUAAUAUUCACUUUAGUAACUUAUUGCAAAGUAGCCUACCGUUAAUAUGGUGAAAUCUGUAAAUAUGGUGUUGAUCUUUGAAAAUACCCCUCACUUCCCAAAAACAAUGUCAGCUAAACCUUUUGUUCAAAAAUUUAAUUAGAUGAUGUUGUCUUGCUGCUGUCCAACAUCAAAACGUAGAACAGUGCCUUGCAUGUAAUAUUGGAUUUCAUAUUUGAUGAUUAUUUAAUUUAUAACCAAUAUGUUUGUUCAGUGUGAAAACCUGAUGGUUGUGUUGAUAUAGUGGUUUGUGAUUCAUGGAUCUCUUGUGCCACCAUGUGGAGAGAUUUCGUCCCAGUCCCUGUCAGAAACCUGUACCUUUAAUAUAAUGGAGUGCGUGAGGACAAGAGCAUAAGUGAAUGGCCCAAGGCUUGGGCCAAAUACAAAUCUAAAACUAUUACUGAAAAAGUACUUACCCCAGGGAUUUCAUAAUGCUGGUAGUGAUUGUACUCAGUGUCAUCACUUCCCUCACUGCUUUAAUAAAUGGCUCAAUCAUACUGGUGAUCCUGACCACCAAAAAACUGCAACUCCCUGCCAACUACCUGAUUUGCUCCAUGGCAUCCACAGACUUCCUGGUAGCCAUCUUGGUAAUGCCACUCAGCAUCGUCUACAUUGCCAAAGAGAAGUGGUUGCUGGGUGUUGUAGUCUGCGAGGCCUGGCUGAGCAUGGACAUGACCUGCUGCACCUGCUCCAUACUGCACCUCUGUGCUAUUGCCCUGGACAGACACUGGGCCAUCACCAAAGCCUUAGAGUAUGCCUGCAAGAGAACCCCCCGCCACGCCGCCAUCAUGGUUAUCAUUGUAUGGACUUUCGCCAUUCUCAUCUCUGUGCCUCCUCUAUUCUGGAGGUAUAACCUUGAUAAAAAUAGUAUAAUGGGAAAUGAAACUCAAUGUUUCAUAGAGCAUGAUCACAUUGGCUACACAAUAUACUCCACCUUUGGGGCCUUCUAUAUUCCCCUAGUCCUAAUCCUGGUUCUUUACUACCGGAUCUUCAUAGCAGCCAGGACACUUUACCAAAGGCAGAGGAAGUCAAGUACCCUCUGCGAGAGGAGAGCCAGAGGAGAGAGCCUCUUGCAUGGCUGCCACUCGGUGCAGUCCCACUGCAUGUACGAAUUGGCCACAACUGACCCCAAGAAUCCAAUGGAACUCCAAAGGCUCAAAGCUCCUGUCACUGUGAGUCAGAUGGUGCAAAAGAUUUCCUGUGAAAGAACCCAGGUUUGUACCUCCAGAGAGAGAAAGGCUGCCUGGAUACUGGGACUAAUUAUAGGUGCCUUUGUUUUCUGCUGGUUGCCCUUCUUUCUUAAGGAGCUGCUGGUGGGCCUUCAGGUCUUACAGCAGGCCUCACCCCAGGUGUGUGAAUUCCUUACAUGGCUGGGGUACAUUAACUCACUCAUUAACCCUCUCCUCUACACUAGCUUCAACCAGGACUUCAAGCAAGCUUUUAAAAAACUUCUCAGGCCCCAUAAAAGGAUGACAUAGUGGUACAGAGAGAGAGAGAGAG